GUUUGUUUAUAAACAGUUAUGUAGUUGUGUUGUGUUUGAACAAUGUCUCUAAAAUCAAUAGCUGAAGAAUACUUCAGCAAUUUAAACCCAAUAGCCAGUAGAAUGUUCCAAGAUAUGGACGAAACAAAAACGAGCUAUCAAGAACUGUGGCCUUCAUUGAGUGAAGACCAACAAAAGCAAAUAUUAUCAGAAAGUAUUAUAAAACCAGAAGUGUCGAUUAAGUACGGUUCUUGCGAGGAGGAUAAAGACAACAGUAAAUAUGCUGUUAAGCUCAUAAUUGAAGACAAUUGCUCAUACAGGGAUGAACACUCAGGUCCAUUCAGCUUUAGAACUCAAAGCCAAAGAGAUUUAAGUAUUGUAGGAAAAGAGAAGAAGACUAACAAUAAAGUUGUUAAAGCCUCAAAUAUUGUCAAACCAAUUCCAAAGACAAAAUCCAUUGUCUAUGUUGAGGACAAUAUUAUGCAAGUUGAAAUUGAGAGUGAGACUGCUGAGUUACCAAAGACAGGUCUUGAUUUUCUUGACAACUGGUAAAUGUAUCUUUUUGGGUACAUAUUGUGUGAAGUAUUUUGUUAAAAUAAGUUUAUGUAUUGGAUUUAUUUAAAAUAUUUAUUAAAGAUUGAUUUUACAUAUGA